AUGAGGGCGUUAACUUCCCUCGUUGUUGUCGGAGUUGUUUCGUCUCCGGUCCUGUCGGCCGCCUUGUCGCCUCUUCAACUCCGGGCUGUUGCCAGCCAAGGUUGGUCCUUGCAAUCGGGGUCGUGCCCUUCCGAUACCCAGUCAUGCGGAAACGGGUCCUGUUGUCCUUCAACGUCGCAUUGUCAAGCGACCGGGAAUGGCGAAGUGGAGGCUUGCUGUCCUACAACAAGCAAUUGUAGAGGCAGCGUCGAAGGCGCACCCAGUUGCGCGAGUCCAGCCUGGUCCUUAUGGACAGGAAGUUUCGGAAACGGAUUCUGUUGCGAAGUCGGUCUGACUGGAGCAUUUCAGAAUGGGGGAUCUGUAGCCGGUAUUUGUGGCACUACGGUUCCAUCUGGAUACUCUACUGCUUCAUUAGUCAGCAAAGGAACAGGAACUCCUGUCACAUCGGUGUCUUCAACAAAAUCCACCACCUCGGUCUCUCAAACAACAAAGUCUAGUACUUCAGUUUCUCAGACAACGAUUAAAUCCACUUCUACAAAGUCAACUGUAUCAAGUGGACCAACAGGAAGCAUAGUCCCGAGAGCGGUAUUCGCACACUACAUGGUUGGAACUAUGACUCAAGCAGAAGCGAUUCAAGAUGUUCAAGAUGCAAAGGCGGUAGGCUUCGACGCUUUUGCGCUAAAUACGCACGACAUCACGUCUUCUUGGGCACUGGAUGCUUUGGGAUAUCUAUUCGAUGCGGCAGAUCAGAACGGUUUCAAGCUCUUUAUUUCGUUUGACAUGAGCUGGCGUGCUAUUACACCCUCGCAGAUACCGUCUUUUCUGCGCAACUAUAUUUCUCGUCCGUCGUAUUACACCAUCUCUGGUCGACCGUUUGUCAGCACCUAUGAUGGUGGCUACAUUUCGAAUUCCGACUGGGUGUCAGGAUUUCAGCAGCCUCUCACCUCCCAAGGCAUCAACCCAUACUUCGUUCCCAAUUUUGGCGACUGGAGCGGGUGGCCGAAUAAUUUCUUCUCGAAUUAUCCCGUUGUUGAUGGCGCCUUUAGUUGGGAGUCGGCGUGGCCCGCUCCAGGUACCACCAUUUCCAACGUUUCUAGCAGCGAUGACCAAAAUCUUCUCCAACAGGCACAAGCUGCGAAAAAAGUAUUCAUGAUGCCUGUGUCUAGUUUCCAGUUCAAGUAUCUUGGCUCAGGCCAAGACUGGUAUCGCAUCGGUGAAGUCAAUCUACCGCAGCGGUUUGAGCAGGUACUGGCACUGAAGCCAGAUCUUGCGGAACUAAUCACAUGGAACGACGCAGGAGAAGGCCAUUAUAUCGGAAACUUCUUCCAGGAGCAGAUUGCAGGUUCAACCAUUGGUGACUAUGCCAAUGGCUUCGACCACACUGGAUGGCAGCAACUUGUGACACCUUUCAUCAAGGCAUACAAAUCUGGUGCAACCAGUGGCAGCCAAAUUUUGCCUCCCGGAUCGACGCCCGUCGGUUCGUUGUGGUAUCGCACGUUGCUCAAGAGCGCCAGCUGUUCGCCAUCUAUUCAGAACUACCAGCAGGGCCAAGACACAGUUAACUAUGCUGUCUUAUUGCCAUCAAAUGGAUACACAAUCAAAGUGUUUAGCAAUAACAAGCAAAUUGGCAGCUUUGCGGGUUCUGCUGGCCUUAACUAUGGCGCUGUUCCUGGGCUGAGCGUUGGGAGUGGACAAUUUAUACAGGUUGUGAACAGUGCCGGUUCUGUGGUUGCCUCGGCCACGGGCACGAAGCAAGUAUCAGCUCAGAGCUCCAACGCUACUUGCAAUUGGAACUACGAGGUGGUUGGCCUCAAGUAA